AUGAGUGAAGCUCUCUUGAAAAAUUUGAACGUAGCCAGACGUGGUGGUACUCGUUCUGGUCGUGGAAAUAAUAUUUAUUUUGUUUCUUUAAUAGACGUUCACGAAAAUGAUAAAGAAUUUCUCGUCAAUGCAGAAUUACCAGACGGAUUGAAUAAAGAUCAAAUUAACAUUGAUGUUCGUGACAACGUUCUUAUAAUUUCUGGUGAAACCAAAAAAGACAAAAAAUAUGGAAAAGGAAAUGGACUUCUUGAAUUGAAACUUCCAAAGAGUGCUCCUACUGGAAGGAAAAUUACUAUAGAAUAA